AGCAGCAGCAGUAGAUCGACUCGCGCAGGACAUACACUGCACUUUAGCAAUAUUACUAUAGCGCUUUGUUGAUGUCAACGUCACUAUUUAUCGUUGACGUGGGUGCCAAAGGAAAAACUCAAUUUCAUCGGGGAACUAUGUAACCUAGCGGUGGUGACUUUCCUUGAUUGACGUUCUGCACCAGUUUCAUCUCGACUAAUUGUCUGGACGAACACCACAGCUGCUGCAUUGUGAUUCGGACUAUUAUUAUCGAGUGCACCUCAUCUCCUUCGACUUCAUCAUGGGCAAUCAGCUAGUGGGGAUCGCCCCGAGCCAAAUAUACCCGGUUGAACACUAUCUCCAGGAUCAUGGCGAUCUCAAAUUUGACAUUAGUCUGGGAAGUACCAGAUUCUUCAAAGUAGCCAGAGCUAAAAGUCAAGAGGGUCUGACAGUGGUAAAAGUAUUUGUCAUUCAUGAUCCUACAUUGCCUUUAUCCACGUAUAAAGAUAAGUUGGAAGAAAUAAGAACAAAACUAGCCUCAGCCGUCAACUGCUUACCAUUCCAACGAGUAAUUUUCACUGAAAAAGCAGGUUUUAUUAUGAGAGAAUACCUGAAGUAUUCUUUAUAUGAUCGCAUUAGUACUAGACCAUUUCUAUCAAGUAUAGAAAAAAAGUGGAUUACAUUUCAAGUAUUGUAUGCUUUACAUCAAGCUCAUAAGUUUGGUGUUUGUCAUGGAGAUAUCAAACUUGAAAACAUUAUGAUGACCAGUUGGAACUGGGUUCUGUUGACUGACUUUGCUAGUUUUAAACCAACAUAUUUACCAGAAGAUAAUCCAGCAGACUUUUCAUACUUUUUUGAUACUUCCAGAAGAAGAACAUGUUAUAUUGCCCCUGAACGUUUUGUAAAAACAUUACCUUCAGAACCCAAUACUACCAUGCUGUUCCCUGAGCAAGAGUUAAAAACAGGUGAUUUGACUCCAAUGAUGGAUAUUUUUUCUGCAGGAUGUGCUUUGACUGAACUGUACAAUGAAGGACAUCCACCAUUUGAUUUUUCUCAACUUUUGGCUUAUAGAAAUGGCGAGUACACAGCUAAAAAGCAUCUAGAUAAAAUCGAAGACAAAGGUAUACGUGAACUUUUAGCCUCAAUGAUCGAAAAGAAUCCAGAAAAUCGUAAAAGUGCAGAGCUUUAUUUAUCACAAGCUCGUGGCACAGUUUUUCCUGAAUACUUUUACAGCUUCCUUCAAUCGUACAUGCAGAUUUUUUCGACUGCUCCCAUCUUAUCGUCCGAUGAAAAAAUCGCAAGAUUGAAAAAAGAUAUCGAUAACAUCACUAGCAUGUUUAGAUGCGACAAAAAUAAAACUGAAAGGGAAGGAACGGAAAGUACAGAAAUACAAAGCGAAAAUAACGAAGAAUCGGAUAGCUUAAAAGAUUCGAAAACUAGUGAUGAUAUAGCACACGAAAUGAGGCACAGUUUAGUAAUGGACGAUUCGGACAUUAUUGAAGUUGAUAAGAGUGAAAGUCAGAAAGAAGAAGGUAAAAUAGAGCAUGUUACAAGUCUAGUAGAAGGUCAGGAGGCCCUGAUAAUCAUAACUCAACUCGUUACAUCUUGCAUCAGAGGACUACACCACUCACAAUCUAAACUUCAAACGCUGGAGAUUCUACUCGAGCUUGCGGAAAAUACCUCCGAUGAAACAAUACUUGACAGAAUUUUGCCUUUUAUCUUCCACUUGGUGCACGAUCCUGCUCCUCGAGUACGAGUUUCAGCAAUACAUACACUUACCAAGUGUCUGUACCUCGUCAAGUCGCUUCCACCAACCGAUGUUAAUAUAUUUCCAGAGUACAUAUUCCCAGGAUUGGCUCACCUGACCCAAGACGAAGCCGUAAUCGUGAGAGCGGCUUACGCCGAGAACAUAGCGCAUUUGGCGCACAUAGCUCUCAGAUAUCUGGAAAGUUCUCGUCUGUCAAAAGCGGUGGACAAAGAUUCUCCUCGACCGAGCUACGACAUGGAACUCCAGACUUUGCAUGAAAUGGUUCAACAAUCGGUUUCCACAUUGCUAACGGACCCGCAGAAUCUGGUAAAACAAACCUUAAUGGACAACGGUAUCAAUAAACUGUGCCAAUUUUUUGGCAAACAAAAAGCGAACGACGUUAUUCUGAGUCACGUGAUUACAUUUUUGAACGACAAAGACGACAAGGAACUGAGAGGCUCGUUUUUCGAUCGCAUCGUCGACGUAGCUGCUUACGUUGGUUGGGUCUGUAGUCCUAUAUUGAUGCCAUUGCUUCAGCAGGGCCUCACUGACCCCGAAGAAUUCGUCGUAACGCGAGCAAUCAACGCAAUGGCAGUGUUGACGUCACAGGGCCUACUGCAUAAAGCGGCCCUAUAUCAGUUGCUCUCGGAAACCGUCGUCUUUCUCGUACAUCCGAAUUUGUGGAUACGCCAUGCUACCGUAGGAUUAUUCGCGGCUUCGAAGCGCAUUCUCAAUUUGGUAGAUGUCAUGUGCAAAGUUGAGCCCAUAUUGAAGCCCUACUUGAAGCACUCGCUCAUGCAGGUCGAAAAAGAGGUUUUGUUGCUCGAGGCUCUGGUACCACCGUUGCCAAGGACAAUUUACGAUACCAUCGUCAGGUACAGCGAUAUCGAUGAAUUUUUCCAGCAUCUCGAGCAAAGACAAAAUGCCAGGAGAAGUGCUAACUCUGGAAUCGUUCCUCAAUACAAUGAAAUGAGUACGCCUUUGCGCAACCUAUUUAGACGCUUGAAUACCGAGCCAAUGACCGAGACGAUGGAAGACCAAUUGCUCGUAAUGAAGCCGUACAUACAAAAAAUUAAUAAGUACAAAUUGGUAGUGGAUAAUACCAAAUCAUCGCAGACGAGCCUCAUUGUUGACGGUAGAAUCGAGCUUGCGCCGAUAAAACACAAAAUUAGUCAUCAUGUAGUCAUGCUCUAUCCUGAUACAAAGACGGACAUGGCAAUGCCGACCUAUAAGAAGAGCGAUCGGAAAUCGUCGGACAGCACCGCGACGUACGCGUCCAUGAACCAAGAGUGGCGCACCAUGUUUGCAGCUCAAGACAGCAGUCAGCAAUCGGGGGUGAAAAUGUCGGAAUCGGGAAGCGGCAACAGUCCGAGUCAGAGCAUUCAAGGCAGCGAGAUUCAUCUGUCGCCACAGCACAGUUUAUCGGACACGACAAAUAGCAUCAAUGAUCAUUCGCUGCACGAGCGUUCCUAUAUUCAAUACAGGUGCGCCCCGUGCAGGCUCGAGCUGCGACAAUUGACCUACCGAAAGCAGGAACAACACGCGUCGGCCGUUCGAGCUCAACACUGGGCGGACAACGUUGCCUGGCAAGCUGGUUCGAGAUUGUUACCAAGUACCUGGAAGCCCCGAGGCGCUCUGAUUGCUUACUUGCACGAGCACAGGGCUGCGAUCAAUCGGCUGGUGUCGAUACCCGACACAAGUUUGUUCGCCAGCAGUUCGUCCGAUAGUUGCAUAAAAAUAUGGGACGCGAGCAAAAUGGAAGGAAGAAACAUCGCCAAUCGAUCGAAGCAAACCUAUAGCCAUCGCGCGGGACCCUUGGUAGGCCUGGUUGUGUGCGAGCAGGGUCAAUCGCUGGCCAGCGCGGCGAGCACGAAUCAAGCCAGCAGCGUGUUUGUCUGUCGCGUCGAGCCGAGCUCGAGCAAGAUGACCGUCCUGCACUCUCGACAGUUGGACUUGGACGAAGAGGGCAACGCCGUCGAUUUGCAGUAUCUGGAUUCGGGUUCGCAAUCCGUUCUCGUGUACGCGACCAUUUACGGUUCCGUGAUCGGCUGGGACUUGAGACAGCCCGGCACGGCCUGGAAGUUGGACAACAACUUGAGGAACGGCAUAAUCACGUCUUUUUGCAUAAACAAUCAUCAACAGUGGUUGACCUUGGGCACGAGCUCGGGUGUUCAUACGACCUGGGACCUCAGAUUUCAGUUGCCGAUCGCUAGUAUCAAACAUCCGACCGGAGCACGCGUUCGUAAGCUUAUUACACAUCCGACCGAAGAUUCCUGGAUCAUUUCAGCCGUCCAAGGCAAUAACGAAAUUUCUAUGUGGAAUCUAGAGACCGGAUUCCGACAAAUGGUGCUCUGGGCUUCGAGCGCACCUCCAUUGAGUCAUUCUCAAGGCGGUCACAGCGUGUGCGCUAUGCACUCGGCUUGCAUCGAUCGCGAAGGAUUCCUCUUAGCCAGUGGCACUGAUAUGAGAUUACGAUUUUGGAAUCUGCAAACCCCUAGUCAAUCGCACGUUGUUUUACCGGGUCCCAAUGAUUCGUUGGCACCGAACUCCUUUGCUUACGAGCAAAGGCUCAUCGACGGAACUAACGUAGUUCAAGAAGUACUGGCUAGUGCGCCUGCUGGCACUGGAUCCGGUGAUGGUUCAGGAAUGAGACGUGGUGUCCCCGAGGAAGGUGGCCAAGGACCUGAAUUAUCUCAUCCUGGUCAUCACGACACCGUAACUGCAGUUGCUAUGUCGAAAACCUGCAUCUUGACCGGAAGUGCCGAUGGCUUGAUACAAGUUUGGAAAUGAUGGAACUGGGGACGAUUCUUUUUAUCCGAUAAGUUCGCUUAUGUAAUGUACAUAAUAUCACGCGACUCUCACUAUUUGUGUUAAUGAAAUUGAUCACAGUUACUUUUUAUUUAUUAUUUUUCAAUGUGUAUAUUUGCAAUUUGACAAAUAGAAAAAAACUGGAAUUUUUCCAGCAUAAAGUUCGAUUGGAAUCAUAUCGAAUUUUAAAAGUCCCCAGAACCAAAAAUCUUGUAAAUCAGCUGUACUGUGUCAAUUUCUGUGAUUCUUUAAAAAUAAUGUAAACACAAAAAAUGAUUCGACUAGAGACUCGAAUCCAUUGACUGAUCGUUUGAUUGUAAGAAAUUUUUCAUUGGUCUGACCAAAAGAAUGCUUUUCUACGUUUGUUAGGAAAAUAUUUUUAUAAUUACAUUAGUUUAAGAUAAUCAGGAUCUAAAAUAAAAUGUUUAGGUCUCCAAAUGAAAAUCGAUGUACAUACAUGUAAAUAAACAUGUUAAUCUUGUCAUACGUAUGUACAUAUAACAGGUGCAGAAGCUUUAUGUUUCAUUGAUUCUAAUCGUUUACGAGAUUACUAAUUCGAAGAUUAAUUAUUUCACUAUCUUAAGAGUGACUUGUACCUUGGUGAAUACCAAAACAGUGAACUAUAAUACUCUUAAAACAUAUUCCUGCAUAAUACCUUAUCUGCAAGCAAUUAAUUAUUUAGGCGUGUCGUUUGAUAUGAGUCACAAUGAUGCAAUAAGAUUUUCAUAAUCGAAAGUGUACAUAUAUUGAAUAUAUUAAUCGACAGAAGCGUGUACUGUUUUAGUACUUAAUCAUGUGACGGUGUAUAAUGUUUAUAGCAACACUACGAAUAAUAUUUUUAUUGCUACUACGAAUAAACGUUUACGU